GGUAUUUGCUGCUCCCAGGCUGUUUGUAGUGAGACCAAGCCAGCCAAAGUCAAGGAAGAAGACGCAAAAAGAAAAGUGUCUACUGAUUUCCAUCGCGACUCGCCAAUUGAAAAUAAUUGCAAUAACAAAGUUUUCGUAGCCCCAAAGCCUGUGUGUGAUUGCACAGGACUGAGCCGCGCUUGACUACCAUUGAGACGUUACUGGCCAACUAUUCCGCCCUUCUAACAACAAUAACAACCAAAAGCGACUUGCACAUUCCCCCGCACCCUUCGUCGUCAGAGUCGAUCCAAAAACGGUCCCAACAUGACUGCAGCGCCUUACAACUACAACUACAUUUUCAAGUACAUCAUCAUCGGGGACAUGGGCGUGGGCAAGUCCUGCCUGCUGCACCAGUUCACCGAGAAGAAAUUCAUGGCCAAUUGUCCGCACACGAUUGGCGUGGAGUUCGGAACACGCAUCAUUGAAGUGGACGACAAGAAGAUAAAGCUUCAGAUCUGGGACACGGCGGGCCAGGAGCGAUUCCGGGCCGUGACUCGGUCCUACUACAGAGGAGCUGCAGGAGCGCUGAUGGUCUAUGACAUAACCAGGCGCUCCACUUAUAAUCACCUGAGCAGCUGGCUCACCGACACGCGUAAUCUCACAAACCCCAGUACUGUGAUCUUUCUCAUUGGCAACAAGUCCGAUCUGGAGAGCACUCGCGAGGUGACCUACGAGGAGGCCAAGGAGUUUGCCGACGAGAACGGACUCAUGUUUCUCGAAGCGAGUGCAAUGACAGGCCAGAAUGUGGAGGAGGCUUUCCUCGAAACCGCUCGCAAGAUCUACCAGAACAUCCAGGAGGGCCGCCUUGACCUGAACGCCUCAGAGUCCGGAGUGCAGCACCGACCCUCGCAGCCGUCGAGGACAUCGCUGAGCAGUGAAGCCACGGGCGCCAAGGAUCAGUGCUCGUGCUAAAUGAAUGCACCUUAUAUUUACACACUCCUAGAUAUACAAAUCUACUUUUAUUUUUAGCCGACUCGUAAUCUACCGAAGCCCAAGCUAAAACCAAUGUAUGUAGUUGAAUGAUUCGAUUAAGCAUAAUGUGUGAGCGAUUUGCAGCGACAGCAACAAGGCAAACCAAAAUAUAUAAGAACCCUCCCCAAUAAUACGACAAAGCCACUUCAAA